AUGCUUUCUCGCAAGAUAAAACUUACAAUCUCCUAUCUUUCAAUCCUUCUUAUAUCUUGCGUCUCUGGUACUCAUUAUCUUUUUUCAGCAUACAGUACUUCAAUAGAAAAAAGAUUAGGUUUUAAUUCUGUACAAAUAAACAUUAUUGGAAGUGCUUGCGAUUAUGGUGUAUACAUGGGUAAACCAUUUCUCGGUUAUUUAGUUGACAACUACAGUGCUAGAAGCUGUGGUAUCGUUUCUCACAAUAAUUGUACUACAAUAAGUAUCCCAAUCGCGUUACUUGGCCUCUCUGCAUUUUUAUACUCUCAAGCAAAUAUAUACUUGUUCGAAGAUACCUUCCAUUUUCUACUCUUCAUAGCCUUCUCAACUGGAUUAACUAUGUUAUUUGGUAGCCUGUUUUUAAUUGUUGUACCGGCUCCUAGUCAUGUGUCCAAUGCCAUUGAGUUAGGCAGUGAUGAUUCAAUCCCUGUAGAUAGUAGUCCGUCACGUGUAUUAGGUCUGACAACUGAACAAACUCCUCUACUCAAUAAAACUUCUACUUCAUCUAUAAGUGUUGAAGUUGAUAGUGAGCCUGAUAUAAGUGGAUGGCAAUUACUUCAAAAUAAAGAUGCCAUCUCAUUAAUCCUCAUCCUAGUAUUGUUAGCUGGAACUGGAUUAAUGUACAUAAAUAACGUCGGUACAAUUGUUGAAACUCUUUAUCACGCCUCCCUAGCUCAUCCUUCUCAUCCUUACUCCCUACCAACUUCUUUAAAUUCUGAUAUCAAAAACCUUCAAAGCUUUCAUGUCUCGCUACUUUCUAUAAGUUCAUGCCUCGGAAGAAUUUUCAUAGGUCCUCUCUCUGAUAUAACAAAAAAUUAUUUUGAUUUAUCUAGAAUUUGUUCCUUGAUAUUUGCUAGUAUUUUGCUAUUCUGUGAAAAUUUAUUGGCUCUUUUAUGGGUUCGAGAUAUGGCCAAACUAUGGAUUGUCACAGCUUGUAUUGGACUCGGGUUUGGAACCUUAUAUGGGAUUGCUCCAACUACCUGUAGCGAGUAUUUUGGUUCGAAACGGUUCGGAUUUAAUUG